UAUCAUGUCAAUGUUUAAACUAAAAACUAAGCUCUAAGGGCACUUCUAAUAUCGAUGUCCAGUCAAUGAGACGAAGAAAAUAGUUUUAUUUGCUCGGCAGGCGAGUGGUCUGGAAAAACGAAUUGAUAUUCCUAUUUCCUUUUCAGUUAUGGCAGUUGGAAACGCUUCUUCUGCAAAGGGACAAUUACAUGAACUACAGCAGACCUUUAAGCACAAGUAGUGUUGGAUGGGAUCAGAAUUUAGGAACUCGUAGUAAGACCAAGAACCUAAUAGAGAGAGCAAGCUAUGCACUCAAAUGCAUCGUAUUAGAUAACUGGCAAAGAGGCUGGAUUCUUUUGCUGUGGGUGAUGAUUAUGGCUGGACUUUUCACCUGGAAAUUCUUGCAAUAUAGGCGAAGAGCGGCAGUUCAAGUUAUGGGUUACUGCUUGGCAACUGCUAAAGGAGCUGCGGAGACUCUUAAGCUUAACAUGGCGCUUGUUCUUUUACCAGUUUGUCGUAACAUAUUAACUUGGCCACGGUCUACUAGGGCCAAGCUCCUCGUUCCUUUUGAUGAUAAUAUCAAUUUUCACAAGAUUAUUGCACAUGCUAUUGCAGUUGGAAUCUUGCUUCACGCAGGGAACCAUUUAGUGUGUGAUUUUCCACGUCUGAUUAAUUCAUCUCCUGAAACGUUUGCAUUGAUAGCUUCUGAUUUUGACAACGUGAAGCCCACUUACAAAAGCCUAUUGACCGGUAUUGAAGGUGUCACUGGCAUUGCAAUGGUGAUUUUGAUGGCAAUUGCCUUCACACUGGCAACACGAGGCUUCAGGAGAAAUGUAUUGAAGCUGCCACCUCCUUUCAAUCGAUUAACAGGUUUCAACGCAUUUUGGUACUCACACCUCCUUCUAGCAGUGGUGUAUGUGCUACUGCUGGUACAUGGAACACUCCUAUUCUUGGUUCACCAAUGGUGGCAGAAAACAGUAAGGGCAUAGAACACGUAAUUUGUUUUAUACAGACUUAAAACGGAAUUGUUGACAAUUUAUUUCCCAUAUUGCAGACAUGGAUGUACAUCUCCAUGCCGUUGCUCCUCUAUGUAUGUAGCUGAGAGGAGUUCGAGAACAUGCCGAACUGAUACGAGAAUAAUCACGGAAAUGAACUUAUGUGGGUGUGCAUUGAAAACGUCCAAGUGUAUGUGCAAGAGAAGUGUAAUUAAAGGUCCAAAUACACAUCAAAACAGCCCACUCCAUACACUAGAGGGGCGG